AGCACACUGGCAGUCAUGUGACGGUCAUAUAGUACAACUCGGUGAGCGAUCGGUCCAGUCCUACCCUGCUGCCUCUGCUGCUGCUGCUGCUGCUGUAUGGCGAGUCUCAAGGUUAAAUCCUGCUCCGGUAACACACUGCGGAUAUAAACAAGCUCCCCGCGCCUUUUGCAUUGGGAAUAUAUUUGCUGUGAGAGACAGUGUAUCCUGACUGGAGACCUUGGAUUGUUUCAUUUACUUUUUCCACUCUGAGAGAGAACCCCAGGUGUUGCACUAUCCCACACGUGUGGGAAAAGUGACCUUGGUGACCUGGGUUUGUUUGGCCUGACUUUCCCAGAUGCAGAAGGAAUAAUUCUAUUAAAAAUCAUUCUAAACAGACUCUGAAUCCAACAAGAGACUGAGGUUUGGCACUAGCCAGGAAUGGUAGAUAACUUGACAGCAAGCAAGGAGAUUUUUCUUCCUCACAGUGGCUCUCCACCGACCUACUGGCUGUCUGACAUGGUGACAGACCUGGGGUCCUACCAGGUGAUGCCUUCGCCGCUUUCGGAGGACGACCUGAGCGAAUCGUCCAGCCCUCGUUCCUGCUCCAGCCCAGACUCCCAAGUGCUCAGCUCAAGCUAUGGCAGCAACUCCAGUGCUGAGAGCCAGGAUAGCAUCUUGGACCACCUGCUGUCCCAAACCUCUUUAGGAGGUGCCAACAGUGUCCCUGCAGGGUCUGUUACACCUUUAGCCACUUUCCUUUGGGACUCACGAAGAGAUGAGCCCUCCAAAUGCGAGCCUGUAAAGGAGGAAAAUUUUGAUUUUCUCAACUGGUCCAAUGUGAAGACAGAGGAGCAACUUGGAGGGUCCUUUCAGCCCACUCUGGAAGAAAUUGAAGAAUUCCUGGAGGAGAAUAUGGAUGUGGUGACAAUGAAGCAGGAGAUCCAAGACAGUUGCUCAGAGUUGGGAGUGGGACUGGAGGAAGCUCUUGGUCUAGACGUUGGUCUCGAGUGGUGCAGGGAGGCAUCCUCUGAUUAUAAGGUAGAACCAGAGACCAAGUACUCAGACCAAACUGUCCCAACCUCCAGCAAAACUGACCUGGCCACUGCUGCCUCCAGUGAGACCAAAGCUACAUUAGUUAACCCCACACAUGAAUCCAGAGCUGGGGCCAAGAAUGCACCAGUCAACAAACCUUCGUCAGUAGACAGUCGUACUAACAAUGGUGGAAUGCCUGUCGUCCUACAGAUUCAACCCCUUCAAAUCAAGCAGGAGCCCACAGUGGCACCGCUUGCCCCAGUAGCACAGCCGCCACAGCCUCCCCCAGCAUCAGACAUCAAAAUUGCACAGCUGCUAGUCAACAUCCAAGGUCAGACAUUUGCGCUGGUGCCCCACAUCGUGCCAUCUGCUAACCUCAACAUCUCCUCCAAGUUUGUGCGCAUUGCUCCUGUCCCCAUCGCAGCCAAGCCUCUUGGGCUUGGGGAUUGCUCAGCCAGCCAGGGAUCAGGGAUUCUUGUUGGAGGUCAAAAGUUCCAGAAGAAUCCAGUGGCGGAUCUUAUCAAAAUGCACAAAUGCACUUUUCCUGGCUGCACCAAGAUGUACACCAAGAGCAGCCACCUCAAGGCCCACCUGAGGAGGCACACUGGGGAAAAGCCUUUCGCCUGCAACUGGCAGGGCUGUGGAUGGAGGUUUUCACGGUCGGAUGAGCUCUCUCGACAUCGGCGGUCCCACUCGGGGGUCAAACCCUACCAGUGUCCUGUAUGUGAGAAGAAGUUUGCCCGCAGCGACCACCUGUCGAAACACAUCAAAGUCCACCGUUUUCCACGGAGCAGCCGGACAGUUCGUGCAGAAAACUGACGCUGUGCUCGCCUCACUGGGAUCUCUGGGAACGCUGGGAAUGCUGGGAUCACUCUCAUACAGACAUAAGCCACAGGAGCAGUGUGUGAGUGUGAACUUACUGGUGUGCGUGCACACUUUUUGGGCCUUCAUUGAGUCAAAAUGAAUAUGUGAGUGGAAAGGAGGUUUUCUUUUUAUUUCAGCAGUCUGUGAUUGUUCUAAUUUAUUUUAUCAAAGCCACAAGCCCACACAGUUGACCAUCUUGUCUGUAAUACGCUGGUUGUUAUUGCUGUUGGCAUGUUUGUCCUGUCUUUAUCUCCUGCCUCAGCAGAAGAUUCAGUCUGGACUAUGUGGUAGACUUGGUAAAAGCCUUGUCUGUCCAUUCUACCUGGAUAAAAACAACUGCCUUUAUCUUGCACAUUCCUCGUCUUAUGCAAUGUAAAGGAAGUGUGACUGAAGUUCACUGGGAUCCCUAUUAGCUACUAUCAGAGUCACAAUUACUCUCCGGGCUUCCCAAGCCUGUGAGGGGUCUCCGACAGCUUUGUCCCACUUUUGGUCGCCUUGCGCUGCAGUUCAUUGACGGAGAAGGUGGAUAAUAUAUAUCUGAAAUUCAUUUUGUUGUUGAUGGAGGGGGGAGAACUGUAUUACUACAAAGACAUAAAGUACAGAUAAGUUAAGCUUGCAACAAUCUUCCAGGACAUUUUUAACAGCAACUUUGUAAAGCUGCCUGAGACUCAAGAGCGAGAAUGACACAGCAACACAAGAAAUGCAAAAAGUGAAACACAACUAAAAGGCUAAGCGCACAGUGAUUGUCAAAUCAGCCUUCUGAUCAGUGUUAAGUGUUCUUUGUUAUCCUUUUAUUAAGCUAUCACAUGUACCUACAUGCUGGUCUUGUAUUUUUUAUCAAUUUUCUGGCCUUACUGUACCACAGAGCCAAAUGGUUUUGAAAAUCAGGCUUGUCAGUGUUUUCCACAUGUUAAUCAGGUGACUGGUGACAUGGUCUCAUGCAGUGGCCCUGUGCACAGCCACAGAACUGAAUGUCUCAGUCUGCGAUCAGUAUUUGAACGACUAGUUUUCUAUCGACUUGAUACAAAAGCUGCCUCAGCUCCGCUUUAUCUGUUAAUGGAGCGACCUGGACAGCCUUCCACCUCUGAGGUGACAUCAGUGGACACACUACAAACCAUGGUGCUGAACUACCAGGAGGACAAGCUCCUUGGGAAAUGUAGUCACAACAACCUUCUCGAGGCCAUGACACACCUUCAAAUGCCCCAAAUGCUGUCAAAUAUUGUUUUCUAGGUGUAGCACACCCCACUGUGAAUAUGUAGGGGAGUGACGGUGCCGUCCAUGCGUAGUUCAUGUAUUUAAGGGGACAACAUGCAGGGGCACAUUGUGCAUCAUUCCUUUCAUUCAAUUUUUGAAUUGUCAAUGCUUGUGCGAACACAGGUGUUUUAUCGCAUCCUAUGAAUGUAUGUAAAUAUGCAGGAGUGUACAUCGCUGCAUCCGGGAAAAGACACAGAGAUUCUGAUACCAUAUCUUAAAACAAAUGAGUGCUUGUGAAGAUUUGUAGUUUCAACCUAAAUGUGUAUAUAACUUAACAUUUCAGUACAUAUGAAUAUAUUAUAUAUAUUUUUUCUUUGUUCUAUCCAAGAUGCAUUUACAAAUAAAAGUGAA